UCUUCCCCUCUCUUCCUCUCCCACCCCCACCUUCCUUUCAAACACUCUUUUUUUUUUCCCUUUCCCCUCUUCUCUUCCCAAACCCUUGCUGCUUCUGCACUCAUACCACUUUUCCUUUCAAUCACAUGAAUCUUCAUGUGUUACAUUAAUGUCUCCAGUCCUCAGUGAGAUCCUUCGUUCCGGGUUUAUGAUCAAUUCUUCCCUCAGACGCAGGACCCACUUAGUUCAAUCUUUCUCAGUUCUCUUCCUCUAUUGGUUCUAUGUUUUCUCAUAAUUAACCCCAACACCACUGUUCCCUUUUAUAUAUCUUCAUAACAACAACCUUCUCUAUUAUUAUCCAAAUUAUCUUUAAUUGUUCCGGAUUCAGAAUUGAAUUAGACUUAAGUUCAUUUCUUAAUAUAAUCGGUUCCAAAUUAAUGGCCUCAUCCAGUGGAACUUCUACCAUGUCCACGAUGUUGAUUCAGACUUCAGGGUCUGAGGAGGAUCUGCAGCUUCUGAUGGAACAAAGAAGAAAGAAGAGGAAGCAAUCGAACCGUGACUCGGCCAGAAGAUCAAGGAUGCGAAAGCAGAAGCACAUGGACGAUCUCACUGCACAGAUGCAGAGUCUCCAGAAGGAAAAUGACCUACUCCUGACCCAACUCAACAUCACCACCCAACACCAUCUCAAGCUCCACGCUCACAACUCCAUUCUCAUAGCCCAGAAGACUGAACUCACUCAAACCCUUCACUCCUUCAAUCACAUCAUCAAACUCAUCAACGCAACAAACCCUAAUUAUCAUCACCAUAACAAUAACAAAACCAACAAUAAUUUCGUCAACCCCACCAUGCACAUGCCCUUCCUUAACCACCCAAUUGUCGCCACCGCAGACAACAUGUUUCUGUGGUGAACAUUCUCAGAAAUUAAGGUUCUUGUCUUGUUGUUGUGUCAGGGUUGAAUUCAAAUGGAUUGUUCAUUACUGGUGUGUUCUAGGGUGAUGAUGAGGCAAUGUUUAUUAUAUUAUCAGAGUGUCGGAACUUGCUUGCUACGUAUAAUGGAAUAUUGAAAAUAUCAUAUGGUGGCAUUGGCAUUGGCAUGGUUCUGUUGUUGUUGUGGGUGUGCUUUUUAUAAAUGUAGAAAUGGUACCAAAAAAGGUGUUUCUCUUA